UACUAUAAUAGCUCGUUGACAGUAUACAUACAGUAUGGAAACUUGGCUAGUACCCUGACGCUAAAAUCCGCCAUCUUGUUAGGAAGCACCGCAUUGUAAUAGUAUUGAUGGUAGGUUCGGAUCACUUUAAUAAUCCGGAUCAAUUGGUUAUUGGUUAGAUAGGCGAUUGAUUAUAAGAGUCCAUUCUGUACCUAUUCUGUGGCUGAAGUCCAAUCCAAACUUGAACGUCGUGAAUGUGAAUCUAUUUAAAGCAAGUGUCACUGUUUUCUUUAUUCAAGCAAGUAAAGAUAGAUAUUUUUCAAAUAUAGGCUAGUGUACCUAAAUUGUUAAGAUCUUAUUUACUGCAAGAAGUUUAGGCUACUUUUAUUUGAAAGAAUUUUUUUUAGUCUCAUUUAACUAGAAUAGGCUAAUUGCAACAGAAAAUUUAGAACAUUCUAGUAGCCUAAAUCAACUGAGACAUUACAGUGUAAUUAGUGCUAUUAAUUGAUUGGACUUAUUUCUGACAGAUCACUGUUCUCUACUUGAAGGAAGUUGAGAAUAUGGCAACUUGGGAGCAAACCCCGUCUGGCUAUUAUCCAGGCCAACCAGCGCCGCCGCAGCCAGGCUUUGGACAGAAGCAGGAAGCUCCCCUGUUGUCACCGCAGUCCCCCUCCCACUACCCCUCAGCGUCCAACAUGCAGUCCUCCUACCAGCAGCAGGCUGCUUUCGAUGGCUUCAACAGCUCAUUCGGCGAGAAGGCCAUUCGUAUGGCCUUCCUCAGGAAGGUCUACUCGAUCCUUAUGUGCCAGUUAGCUGUGACAUUGGCAUUUGGAACAGUAUUUUUUGCUCAUGCACCAACUCGUAAUUAUGUCGCCCAAAAUCCAGCUAUUAUGUGGCUGGCAAUGAUAAUGAUGUUUGUAACACUUUUGGUCCUGUCCUGCUGCCAUGAGCUGAGACGCACCGCACCCACCAAUUACAUCUUCCUCUCCCUCUUCACUGUUGCCGAGUCAUUCCUUGUCGGCUGCAUUGUUUCACUUCAUAAAUUGGAUUCCGUCGUAUUUGCUGUGGGAAUGACUUCAAUCGUUUGUCUUGGACUUACCAUAUUUGCAUUCCAAACCAAAAUAGAUUUCACAAUGAUGGGUGGAGCACUGUUCGUUGGCGUUCUCAUCCUUUUCCUGUUUGGCAUAUUCUCGAUGUUCUUUCCUUCGAGAAUCGGAUCAUUGGUAUACUCUGCUGGCGGAGCAUUCAUAUUUUCACUUUACCUCAUAUAUGACACUCAGCUGAUGAUUGGUGGAGAACACAAAUACUCUAUCUCGCCAGAGGAAUAUGUAUUUGCUGCACUCAACCUCUACAUUGACAUAAUCAAUCUCUUUCUCCACAUCUUGUCUCUGAUCUCUGCAUCUAGAGAUUAGAUCCUAGUCAAAAUGUUGUUUCUUAAAAUAUACUCUUUUAGAUAAUCUAAUUGAGAAUAAAUUUCCGCUGAAUACAAUACUGAAUUUCUCUGAAGUAGGUACUAGUAUAUUUUGUUUGUUGAAUCUUUCAAACUAUUCUCUACUGGACAACAACAUCAUUCGUGAAUAUUGAACGCGCAAUAAGUAAUUUUUCCAUUGCAAAAUACAGAUGUGCCAAAAGUACACUCAGUAUUAGGUUUGCUUGAAUACCAAAGUACCUAUUUUAUAAAUAUUUUUUCAAUUUGAGAUGAACCAUAGAUUGUCGGUACUAAAUUUCAAUGUUCAAGUUUUUCAAUGUCAUUCCAUUAAAAAAAGUAUAGAUUGUUUAUUGCGUGUACACGUUUAGGAGCUUUAUAUUGAAAUAUUUAUUAUUACACGUCGCUAUUAUUGAGCAGUAGUGAUAGUUUGGAUAGUCUGUGAGUAUAUUAUAUUAUUUGUACCCUAGAUUAAGAUUAAUAUUGUGACUGAUUUCCGGAUGUAAAGAGAAUUUAAGCUACAUAAUUAUUGUUGAAAUGCAACACGAUAUGCAUACCUCAAAUUAUAUAGGAGUGGUUAUUGUAAGUUGAUCAAAUAAUGUGCAGUCUUUUUGUAGUUAGUAUUUGAAAUUUUUCAAUAAGUUCGUUAGUUGAGAAUUUAAUUGUUUGAUGAAAUGCAUGAUUAUCCUGCAGUUGUAUGUAUUGCAGAUACUUUUAUUUUAAACGAUAUUGAGGGUUAAUAUAUGAAAUUAAUUAAUAUGAUAGUAGACAUGUGGCGAGAAUGCUGUGAAUAUAUGGAUACUAUAUUUUCUGUAGCCAUUUUCUUUAUUAAUUUUUGUUUCAAUUGCAGUUAACAAAUAGCAUUUGCAUAAAUUUUGUAAAUAUUGUUGAAUAAAUUUCUAUGCAUUA